AUGGUCUGGGCACCAAUCGGAUCGUUAGUUUGGGGGACUGGUGUGGUGAUCGGCGUCCUUCUCAUGUAUGUACAACGGGCCUGGCGCGGGUCGUGGGCCGGCGGGUUGUCUGAGUCGGCCGCCCGCACCCUGGGCGCAAUCAAGGCCACCGGCGCCGACGCCCCGCCGGCGCGUUGGGGCGCGCGGGCGCCUUUCCGGUGGGAGCUGUCGCGCCGCGGUGUCGCCUGUGCUGACCGGCCCCCGGCCCCGGCUGCAGCCGUGCCUGUCAAGUCAGUCGAGCCCCGGGAGCAGCUGCCCACCCCUAUGCAGCUGGCGGCCGCCAUCCGGCGCCGCCGCUCCGUCUUCCCGCAGCACUACACCGGUGAGACCGUCCCGCCCGCCAGCAUUGCUGCGAUGCUGGAGGCCGCCGACUGGGCGCCCUCCCACGGCCGCACGGAGCCGUGGCGGUUCGUCGUGCUGGGGCCGCGCGGCAUCCACGCUAUGCAGGACGUGACGGAAGCCGCGACGCGGCGGCUCCUCGCGCGCGACCCAUUUGAGCUGCAGGAUGCCCUGGAGCGCCUGCGGCGCGACCGCGCCCACCGCUGGGCGCCCGUGUCCCACAUGAUCGCGAUCUGCAUGCGCCGCCGGGCGGUGCCGUCUAAGCUGAUGCCAGAGUGGGAGGAGCUCGCGGCUGUCGCCUGCGCGGUGCAAAACAUGCACCUCGCCGCCUGCGCUCUGGGUGUCGCGGGGUACUGGAGCAGCUGGCACGCGGCGCAGCGCGACAGCCCUGAGAUGGCCUCGUUCCUCGGCCUCAGCGCGGCUGCUGGGGACAGGUGCCUGGGGUUCUUCGUCUGUGGCGUCCCGCGGCCGGGGGCGCUCGCGGCGGGGCGCGCGGCGCGGCGGCCGCUCGACAGCGGCAAGGUCGAGUGGCGCGAGUGA